AUGAAUUGGAUAUCAAAUAUUAAUACAAUUAAAUCAUUCCAAAUAAUAAUCUAUUUAUAUAUUCUUAUAAUACCUCUACCCUUUAUUGAGGGAACUAAAGAUGCUUCAAGAUUAUUUGAAGAUUUAUUAUCUGAUUACAACAAAUUAGUCCGUCCUGUUGACAAUACCAAUGAUACGGUGGUAGUAAAUUUUAAACUAAAAUUGUCACAACUACUCGAUGUCCAUGAAAAAAAUCAAAUUAUGACUACAAAUGUUUGGUUACAACAUUCUUGGAUUGACUCUAAACUAAAAUGGGAUCCUGCUGAGUAUGGGGGUGUUGAUGUUUUGUAUGUGCCUUCAGAUCUUAUAUGGUUACCGGAUGUUGUUUUGUAUAAUAAUGCUGAUGGUAAUUAUCAAGUUUCAAUAAUGACAAAAGCAAAACUUUCUCCUAAUGGUACAGUUGAGUGGGCACCACCUGCUAUAUAUAAAUCUAUGUGUCAAAUUGACAUUGAGUGGUUUCCUUUUGAUUUACAAACAUGCCAUUUAAUUUUUGGAUCAUGGACAUAUGGAGGAUUAGAAGUUAACUUAAAACAUAAAGAUUGGCAUCUACAAAGAGAGGAACAAGAAUUAGUAAUAGGUUAUGAUAGAGAAUAUAAUGAAACAGUUUGGAUUGUAGAUAAUGGAAUAGAUUUAAGUGAUUAUUAUCCAAGUGUAGAAUGGGAUAUUCUUAAUGUACCAGGAAAAAGACAUGAAAAAAGAUAUCCUUGUUGUGAAUCACCAUUCAUUGACUUGACAUAUGAAAUUCAUCUUAGAAGAAAAACAUUAUUUUAUACAGUUAAUUUAAUUUUUCCAAGUGUUGGUAUAAGUUUUUUAACAGCCUUAGUCUUUUACUUACCAUCAGAUGGGGGAGAAAAAAUAUCUCUAUGCAUAUUAAUUCUUAUAUCUCUUACAGUUUUUUUCUUACUUUUAGUUGAAAUCAUUCCAUCAACAUCACUAGUUAUACCAUUAAUAGGAAAAUAUUUACUUUUUACUAUGGUUAUGGUAACAUUAUCAGUUAUUGUUACUGUUAUCACAUUAAAUAUACAUUUUCGUUCCCCAUCAACACAUACAAUGCCAAAAUGGGUUAGAAAAGUUUUUAUACAGGUGUUACCAUAUUAUCUUUUAAUGAGAAGACCAAAAAAAGUUGUAAAAGAAGAAGAAAGUGAGGUAAAAAAUUGUAAAGGAAUUUUAAGAAAUGCAAUGUUAAUUAAAAAAGAUGAACCUGAAGUUAAAAUUAAAAAAAAUUCAUAUUCACGUAGAAAAUCAUCAUUUGUAAAUGAUAGAAAAUUUUCUAUGCGUUCAGGACAUACAUCAGCAUUAUUUGAACAAAUGGAUUAUUUAUCUCCUCAUUAUAUAACAAAUGCAAUGAAUAGUUCAUCAUCAUCAAGUAGUGUUAUUAAUGCUACUGGAUCAUGUCAUGAUACCUCAAUUAAUAAUAAUAAAUCUCAACCAUUUGGAUCAACAUUUGGUAUAUUAACAGAUCCAACAAAUAUAGGAACAAGUAGUAAUAUUACUCAAGAAACACAACAACCAUUAUCAACAUCAAUAAAAGAACAUCUUAAAGUUGGAGGACAACAAAAUAUUACUAGUGGAUCAAGUAACAAUAAUAAUAAUAGUAAUAAUAAUAAUAAUAAUAAUAAUACAAAAUUAUAUACACCAAUACAAAGUGCCGUGGAUUCAGUAACAUAUAUAGCUGGUCAUUUACGUAAUGAAGAAGAAAAUCAACAAGUAAUAGAAGAUUGGAAAUAUGUAUCAGUUGUAAUGGAUCGUAUUUUUUUGAUGCUUUUUACCUUCUUUUGUAUAACAGGAAUAAUAGUAAUUAUUUUAAGAGCACCAACAAUAUAUGAUAGAACGGAGGCGUUAGCAUAA